GUGAUAACGCAUGCGCUCGAAUGGCCAAGCUUAACGGUGCAGUGGUUUCCCGAUGUGCAACGGCUGGAACAGUCCGAUUUCGUAACCCAUCGUGUGCUUCUUGGAACUCACACAGUGGAUGAGCAGAAUCAUCUUAUGAUUGCGAAGGUGCAGCUUCCAAAAGGCGAAACGGAAUUCGAUCCCUCCAAAUACGAUAGCGAAAGAGAAGAAUAUGGCGGGUUUGGUUCGGGUAUGGGAAAAAUUGAUGUUGAAAUCAAAAUGAAUCAUGAUGGCGAGGUGAAUCGAGCACGCUGCAUGCCACAGAAUCCAAUUGUCUUGGCAACAAAACCGCCAAGCGCUGAUGUCUUUAUCUUCGAUUACACCAAGCAUCCCUCUGUGCCAAAUCCUGACAAUAUCUGCAGGCCACAGUUGCGUCUCCGUGGCCAUACAAAAGAGGGUGAGCUCUUCAAUCAGCUGCGUUCUUGUAUUGAAGGAUAUGGUUUAUCAUGGAAUCAGGUCAUUACCGGACAUCUGCUUUCAUCAGCGGAUGAUAUGAGCGUUUGCUUGUGGGACGUGGAGGCAUCAGCGAGUACGAUCCGGGAGGUGGAAGAAGGGAAGGAGGAGUACCUAGUAUGCAACAGAGUUCAAUGUAUAAAAUUUCAGAUCUUCACUGGUCAUACCUCUUCUGUCGAGGACGUUGCUUGGCACAUGCUGCAUGGGAAUGUGUUUGGUACAGUUGGCGAUGAUCACAAAUUAAUGAUUUGGGAUACGCGUAAUAAUUGCUGCAAUAAGCCAGUUCAUUCCGUGGAAGCGCACAGUGCCGAAGUAAACUGUAUCGCAUUCAACCCGUACUCGGAGUUCAUUUUGGUGACCGGCUCAGCUGAUAAGACAGUUGCGCUGUGGGAUUUCCGAAACUUGAAAGCGAAGUUGCACUCGUUUGAAGCACAUAAGGAUGAAAUCUUUCAAGUGCAAUGGUCGCCACACUUUGAAACACUUCUUGCCUCAGCAGGCACUGAUCGACGAUUGCUUGUUUGGGAUUUGAGCAGAAUUGGUGAGAAGCAAACACCAGAAGCCGAUGCAGAUGGCCCACCGGAGCUGAUCUUCAUUCACGGCGGGCAUACUGGAAAGAUAUCGGAUUUUUCGUGGAAUCUUAACGAGAGAUGUGUUGUGUGCUCCGUAGCCGAGAAUAAUGUUAUGCAAAUUUGGCAAAUGGCUGAAAAUGUAUUUAGCGACGAAGAUUUGGAUGUUCCGGCUGAACAAUCGGAACGUCAAGAAUAA